GCUUCUACCUCUCUGCUCUGUCUCAGUUAGAGACUUAACUCUCAAAUCUGCUUUCGCCGUUCCUAAUUCUACAAAAUUCUGAAGCUCAACGGAGAAAAUUGAAUCGAAUUAUCAAAUGAGGAGAGUGGCUUCACGCUUGAUCCAUUCCACGCCUUCCAUUUCCAGGCUCAAUGCAACGGCAAUUUCGAUCAACGGAAGAAAUAUCUCCACAGAAUCUAAUAAGGUUGACGAGCCAUUCAAAGUUGAAGAAGCUGAAACCGUAAAUGUGCCCCCACCUCCAACGGAAAAGUUGCUUGUGUUGGGAGGCAAUGGAUUUGUUGGAUCACACAUUUGUAGAGAAGCCUUAGAUCGUGGUUUGUCUGUUGCAAGUCUUAGCAGGUCUGGUAGGUCAUCCCUGCACGAUUCUUGGGCUACCAAUGUUGCUUGGUACAAAGGGAAUCUCCUUUCAACUGAUUCAUUGAAAGAAGCUCUGACUGGAGUCACUGCUGUGAUCUCAUGCGUUGGUGGUUUUGGCUCCAACUCAUAUAUGUACAAAAUAAACGGUACUGCUAACAUCAAUGCAAUUAGAACUGCUUCAGAUCAAGGUGUUAAAAGAUUUGUCUAUAUCUCUGCUGCUGACUUUGGUGUAGUAAAUUACGUACUGCGGGGGUAUUAUGAAGGAAAGAAAGCUGCUGAAACAGAACUCUUGACCAGAUUCCCGUAUGGAGGUGUAAUUCUGAGGCCAGGGUUUAUUUAUGGGACACGAAGUGUUGGGAGUAUGAAGAUUCCUCUUGGUGUAAUUGGAUCUCCAUUGGAAAUGGUUCUCCAACAUGCUAAACCGUUGAACCAGAUCCCGCUUGUUGGGCCUCUAUUGACACCUCCUGUCAAUGUUACAGAGGUGGCAAAAGUUGCUGUUAGAGCUGCUACUGAUCCUGUUUUUCCCCCGGGGAUCUUAGAUGUCUACGGAAUUCAACGUUACAGUCAGCAUAAAUCAAAGUAGAAUUAUCUUUAUUUUGUUUUCUGAGUAAAUCCGAUAGAGGGAGAUUUACUUCUAAAUAUCGGCGUUUGCUAUAUAGUUAAACUGAGAAUAUUUCUCCAUGCCAUUUCUUUUGAUAGAAUAAUACCUGAAAAUGCGUGCAUGUAGCCAUAGAUCGUUCUUUCCAAUUUCCUCAAUUCUAAUACGUCAGAAUAUUUUUUGUUGAACUCUUUCGCCUGAUGUAAUUCACCACUCAGGUGGGGUUGAUGUAUAAUUGAUUUCAUUCCAAAGACGGAGAGGGACUGUGAACAAAGGUUUUGUCACUUGAUUUUCAAAGGAAAUAAAAUAUAUUCCCGUGGUGUAACUUU